AUGGCUGAAUCGUUUGAUGAGUCCACCCAGAAAGAGCUCCAGACCUUUCUCGACCGCGAGCAGGCCCAAGCUCGCGUUCAACAAUCUAUCCACUCAUUCACUAGCAUGUGUUGGGACAAAUGUAUAACUGGGACACCGUCGACUCGUUUCUCACGUGGCGAGGAAAGCUGCCUUGUGAACUGCGUCGACCGUUUCCUGGACACCAGCUUGUUCAUGGUGAAGCAGAUCGAGCAGCAGCGCUCCAGAAUGGGUCAAUAG